AUGUCUUCUAUUAACAGCUCUAUUAACUCCAAAGUACUCUCUUCCUCCAUUAAAUUGCUGACCACUCUUCUAGAAACCCUAACAAUCAGGAUAAUCACAGAUUAUCAAGCCAAGGAUGACAUCAUCCAUGAACUCAUCAAUGGCCUCUCUGCCGAGGCCAGAAUCCAGGAACUCAGACCCAGACAAGGGUCUGAAAGCAUGGGCCAAUCAGGUCCUGUUCAAAAGGAGGAGGAACCCCUCCUCAGUGCUCCAUGCCUCUCGACCCUCAACUCUGACUCCAUUGAUGAACUGGUGGAAGAAGAAGAGGUCAAGCUCAGUCAGCAGUGGGGAGACAAGCUCGACGAGCAGUAUCGACAGUUGGCCAGAAUUAGCUGA